AUUAAGUGAUGUGAGAAGACUCAAUAAUUUAGAAGUCUCUCUGAAAAAUUAAACAAUUAAUUUUAUCUAUAUAUAAUAUAGAAAAAUAAAUAAUUUUUGAUAAUAAAAUAAAGAUUAUAUAUGAAUUAUCCACAAAAAAUAAAUAGUAAAUCGAUAAAAAAGUUUAUAAAAUAACUUAAUAACAAACAAAAUCAAAUUAAAUAUUAAUAUGAAAUAUAUAAUAUCAUUUGAUGAUAAUAUUAUUAAAAAUGGACGAAUGGUAAAUAAGAAAUAUAAGUUAAGGCUAAGCAGAUUUUGAGGGGCUGUUUCCACAGGCUUUGUCACAGGCCCAGCACGAGAAAGAGCUCUGUCCAAGUUAAAAUGGGCUUAUAAAUUCAAGUAUAAAUACGAAAAUACACACAGCAGCAAGUCAUCAUUCACAACAAUUGUGCACUCUCCUCUUCGCCUAAUCAAGUAAUCAACCCCUUGUUGACGUUUCAGAAGGAAUGGAUAGAUCCAUACCCAACAGAAACAGAAAAAGAAAUGAGACAGUUAAAGUUCCUUCCUUGGAGGAUAUGUGUUUCCGAAAAGUUAUUGAUAAUGUUAAACACAUCGGAAAUGUUGCGGGAAUACCGGACCAGUUUCUGGAACGGAUUUUACCUCACUGCAACGCUGAGGAGUUGAAGAACAUCGAGGAGAGGAACAAGGGAACAGACCUUAGCCACUUGACUAACUAUCUCUGGCAAAAUUUCUAUCAGAAGAGAUUUGGUCAGAGGAGUUUCAAGUCAGUGGUUGAGAAAAUCAGUAGUAAAAAUGUAACUUUCAGAUGGAAAGACUUGUACGAGGCAAAGCUAAAGAACGUAGAACAGGCUGAACAAGAAUCAAUUGAGCGAAUAAGGCAACUGUAUCAAAAUGAAGAUGCUCAAAAAAAGAGUAGACAAGUUAAGCCGUGUACAAAAGUGCCACCUUCAAGCCACAAAAGAAAUUGUUAUGGAGGUUGGGGACCUGGCAGAAUUGUUGGCAGCUCAAAAAGCAGCUUGAUGAAGAAGUCCAGAGAAGAUUUUGUCAACAGUCAAGAAGUAAGAAACUUGAAAGCUUUGAGGAAAAAUGCGGUUCAAAAGAAUGGCAGGCCCUUGUGUAUACGGGAGUAUGGAGGCGUUUCUUCUAAUGGUUCUUCUUCAAGUUCCCAAGGAAGCAAAGAAUUACAAAGAAGAUAAAAGCGGGGGUCUAUAGAAUUUCAGUUUCUCCUUGGUCUGUGUUUAUAAUCUGUAGUAUAUUUUUAAAUGCAAUGGCUUCAUGAUAUGCUGUAAUCCAGCUGUUAAAAGCCGGUUUUAAGUUGUAAUAGAGCUCAUCCUGCUCAUUUUAUGCUUCACAAUUCACAGGAUUCCCCGCUAUCAAGGGAAAUCUUAGGCUUUUUUAGGAUUUUUCUAGACAUAGCAAUACAAUAGUGUUCAGAUACAAAAAUG